UUUCGAUAUAGGAAGUUGAUACCUCGACAGUAACAAUCGAUGCGAGCUACGCAACGCUCGUUAUCUCGGGUCUCGGUGCUAUCGCAGUUUGCAGAUUUUCCUUCAACUAUCAGAAACUGGAUGUACAAUGUCGGAACAUGAUGAUACCCUAUUGGACGAAGAUCUUGGAGAUGAAGAAUAUGACCUAGGCAAUGAUGAAGAAGAGGCUCUUUUAGCAGACGACUAUGAAGUGGAGAGGCAGAAUAGCUAUAAGGGAGAAGAGGAAACAGAUGAUGUACUGGACUUAGGAGUAACCGACGCACUUGACGACUUAGAUGGUGAAGAUGAAAACAUAGAGUUUAGUAGGAGCAAAACUGAUAGAAGCAACGACAAUGAUUUUUACGACGACGGAAAUCAGCUAGAGGCUCAAUCGAAGUAUUACGAACAAGAUGAAAUUAAUGAAUAUAAAAGCGAACAAACCCGACAAAACGAUGAAUUUUCUACAAUUGAUAACAUCAAUACUUCGAAUAAUAUCGAAAAGGGAGAUCUACGAGAAAAGCUGCAGAAAAAUGCAAAAAUCUAUUCUGGGAAUGGACAAGGAUUGGAAGAUGACGAAUGCGAAGAAGCUAAAGAAAGGAGGAACAGAUUUCAAAAUGAAAGAACCAUCGUUUCUUCGAAAAUGAAUAACCAUAUACCGGAUACUUUGGAGAACGUGGUAACAUCUGAACCAUCCAAGCUAGCAUCUAGAGGCCGUGGAAGAGGUCGAAGUACAAGAGGAAAUCGCGGUGGACGAUUCAAUACACAAAAUUCGGGAAAUUUUAAUCCAAGGUUCGGUAAUGCACGCAACGCAAACUUCGAUAAUCAACCACCACCAGUAUGCAGGCCACCUUUACUCGAGACGUGGCCACUCUUUUUCCUCGGAGUACCAAACAAUAUGCAAAACCAACAGAUUGUUUACCAGCAACAAAAUUCUCAAGUACAACCCUUCCAGCAUUAUUCUCCAAACGGUUCGCUCCAAGGCCCAUCGCAUUUUGUAGAUAAUAGACCACAAUUCAAUCCUAAUCAAUUUCAAAAUCAAGUGGGUCCUAGAACUAUCGGGGCAAGAUUAGAUUACGGACCUCGAGGUGGUUUGUCAGGAUCGCUUCAAGGACCGUCUUACAGCCAUCCAUCGAAUCAACCACCUUAUGUCCAAAUUCCACCGGCGCCAGUUGGUGCGAGUACGGCCCCGUUUCAAGGCUCAGCUUCCCUUAUGCAAGAUAAUCAAGCUCGGCUGAUGCAAAACAAUCAAGGUCCAUUGUUGCAAGGAAAUCCUGGAGGAACGAUUCUUGGAAAUCUGAAUUCAGUCGUACCUGGAACGUCAACCGCGCCAUUGUUACAGGGCAGUCAACCGUUACCUAUGCAAGGAUAUCCACGUCAAGCUUCUUCCCAAGGGCCACUUAUUAAUCAUCCUAACGUCAAUCAAAUACCAAAUCAAUCACCUUUCGAGAAUAGACCACCUUUUCAAGAAGCAGCUCAAUUUGAGAACCGAUCCGUUUACGAUUCGAGGUCCGGAUAUUCCGAUCAAGUACCUACCAGUCAAUUUAAUACUAAUACGUUACCUGUACCGCAACAAUCCACUUCCAAUGUACCCAAUGUACCUUUACCUCCAGGGCACAAGAUUUUAAUCAAUCCUCACUUUCGAGGAGCCGUUCAGUCGACAAACGAUGCAAGACUCGCAUGGGAUUCCAGUCAGCAAACACCUAAUUUAUCAUCUCAAGUUCCUACCGGCCAAUUCUCACAACUCGCUAUCCCAUAUCAGAAUCAAAGUUCGUAUAAUCAAACCCAACAAGAACCGCCGCAUUAUCAACAAAAUUAUCAACAAAGUAAAAGCGACGAUCCUUAUGCAUACUUCUCUGAUGUGUGGCAAGAGAAUAAGCCGCAGAAAACUCAAACUGGAACUCAGAAUAAACAGUAUCCUUUAGAAAGUAGUUACUUGCGAGAUGAUAGCUAUGAAUCCAGUUCGAAAUAUAAAUCGGAUCAGGGGGAUCAAAAAAAUAAUUAUCCACAGGAUCACAGAGGAAUCCAUCAAAAUUAUCGCGAUAAAGAUUUGUCGUCGAAAACCAGAAACGAUCAUGUUUCGAAGGGUAAGAUUUGCUCGUCAACCGCGUAUCGUGAGAAUUAUGAUCAAAAUCAUGUACAGAAGUCUAGUAACAGGCCAGUGAAUACUUCGAUAAGAACUAGAUUACCACAAAAAAGAGUUCCCAACUCUGUAGACAGACCUUUACGUGAUUUGAGCCCAAAGCGAAUAAAGCUUAGCAACAGAAAUCUUCAAGAAGUACGAACAGUGGAUACGUUAAACAAUACGAAUAAUGACAAAAAGGAUGAAGAAAAUGAUCCAGAAAUGCAGGAAUAUAGAAAAAAGAUGGAGGAACAGAAACGGCUUAGAGAAAAGAUCUUGCGGGAGAAGGAAAAUCGACGGAAAAUGGCUGCAAUGGAGAAACAAAAUGAUGAAACUAAAAACGAAAAUACAUUAAAUGAAAAUACACAAGAUGCAAAACCUGUAUCAGCGCUUAUGGGAGUAGUAAAAGAUGCAUCCAUAAACAAAGGACAUACCAAUACUGGAAGAGGAGGACGUGCUCGUUCUAUCAAUACACAAUCUACAGAGGUUGCAGAGAAAUCGUCAUGUAUACGAAUUGUCAGGACAAUACAAACUAUACAACCCAAUGAUUCUAUAGAUUCUACAAAAGACAGUAAUUCUGGACAUACGAUUAAUCAAGGAAAUGAACAUACAAAAGUAUUAAACUCUCAAUCUGGAACGCGAAGAAUUGUAAUUCAGAAACCAUUAUUAAAUACACAAAAGGUUGCCACUACUAUACAAAAAACAGUAUCAAAUUUGCAGAAAGGUCAACUGUUGAUGCAAAAUAAGUUAGUUAAUGUUGCUCAAUGUCCAACUCAAAGAAUUGGUCAAAACCAAGCUGAUGUUUUAAGAAAAUUAGCAAAUAUAGGACAGAAAGUUGUUGGUACUUCACAAAGAAUUGUUAAACAAAAAUCACCAGGAAAUUUUCAAAAAACUGUGAUUAAUGUACAAGAAGUAACGAAUACCAAUGCAAAAAAGGUUGUUGUUAAUACACAAAGUAACCAAAGAGUUGUACUACAAAAAUCUCCUAUACAACAGAAAAAAAUACCGGAAAUAAAAACAAAUACUGUAAAGGUAGAGAAUUUAGCAGCAAGCACGUCCGAAGCGCAAAUUAGACGUAUGUGCCAAGGCAUCGGAACAAUUGAGAGCAUACAAAUGGGUGAGCGCAGCGCAACGAUUGUGUUUAAGACGCAGUCUGCUGCUAUGGUGUUUCACAAGAAAUACCAGCGCAAAAUGCUUGACCUUUCGCUGAUAACCGUUCGCCUUGUACCGCAAUCAAGCGGAACUAAGACCACUACCACAGUUAUAAAAGUUUCUUAAGAGAUAUAUUGAACAUAUUUAAUCUAGUGUAUUACGAUAAAAAAAGAGAGAAGAAGUAUAUAAGUACAUUCAUAUUUGCGUUUAUAUAAGCAACGAUAUUUUAUUUUACUGAAGCAGCCUAUAUAUGAAUAAACGCAUUUCGCAUUUUACAUACAUUUUAUUUAAAGUAUAUUUCGUCCAGGAAUUAGAAAAAAAUAACAUUUUCGGCUGCAAAUAAACUGUAUAAUAUACCUUUACAAAUGAGGUGAAUAAACUUGACCAUUUAAUUUGUACAUAUGUCAAAUAUGAAAUGUAUAUUUCAUAUAAAAAUAUACACGGUAGUAUCUAAUAAUAUAUUGUGCAUUUAACGGCUAUCAUUUAUUACACAACAUAUAUGCUAACCUCGAAAAUUUGUAAUUUUAAAUGCAAGAAUAUACAUGUAUCAUUAUAUAAAACUCAUAAAUUAUA